AUGGGCACAUUGGUAACCAACCCGGGAAACAUGUGGCGUCAACACCGACGAGAUCCCAAGAGAACAAAAUUCCCAUCAACGGCCUCCUCAUAUACAAUGGUCUCAGCUAUACCCCCAGCUAUCUCGCGCGCCGCGUUGAGAAAAGCCGCGUUCCACCACCGGGACACGUCAUACAACAAUCCCUCUAUUCCGUUCAAAUUCUCCAGCCUGAACAUGAAGCUCAUUGACGAGAUCCUCAAACGAUACCCGCCACAAUACAAGAAAGCGGCAGUCAUGCCACUGCUUGACUUGGGCCAGCGUCAGCACGGAUUCACGAGCAUUAGCGUCAUGAAUGAGGUCGCACGGCUGCUGGAGAUGCCGCCAAUGAGAGUAUACGAGGUCGUGACGUUUUAUACCAUGUACAACCGUGAGCCGGUGGGCAAGUUUCAUCUGCAAGUCUGCACAACAACGCCAUGCCAGCUGUGCAACUCUGAUGCAAUCAUGCAAGCAAUCGAAACACACUUGGGCAUCCACCCUGGCCAAACCACAGCAGACGGUCUCUUUACAUUUUCCGAAGUCGAGUGUCUCGGUGCCUGCGUCAACGCGCCAAUGGUUCAGAUCAAUGACGAUUACUACGAGGACUUGACACCCGAAUCCAUGAUCUCGCUCCUCAAAGCAUUACAAGCCUCCGCUGAAGCCACUGGCACUAGCGCCGGCGCGUCGGGCCUGACUCAGGGCGAUGAACAGCCGCAAAUCAAUCUUCCCGCGCCAGGUCCUCAAGGAAGUGGUCGAAGCUCGUGCGAGCCCAGAGCCGGCUUGACAAGCUUAACGAGCGAGCCUUGGGGUACCGAGAAGCUGAGAACAGACGGAGAACUCUGA